AUGGUGUUCGACUCGGCGGAAAGCCAGGGCAAGCCCUCGUCCUACGUCCGAGACGCGGCAAUGACCGAAAAGAAUGACUCGGCUGGAGUGAGCAGCGACGAAGAUGCCGACUUGAAACGCCUCGGCCUCCAGUCUCCCACAAAACGGGACAUUGGGCUUCUUGAGAUCAUUGGCCUCGGAUGGAACAUUUGCAAUAGCUGGUCGGCUAUCGCAGUCACACUGUCAAUCUCAAUUGCGUCGGGCGGUCCGGUAACUUUGUUAUACGGCAUCAUUCUCAUCUUCGUUCUUGGGGGUGCCUGUGCACUAAGCAUGGCCGAGAUCGCCUCCGUCUACCCAACAGCAGGAGGCCAGUAUCACUGGACCAGCAUUCUUGCACCAGAACGUUCUAGCCGUGUACUAAGUUACUGCUGCGGCUCAGUCAACUUCCUGGGCUGGAUAGCCAACGGAGCAGGCUUCGUCAUACAGAUGCCGGUCAUGGUACUCUCACUGGCGUCUUACCUCGAUCCUCGAUACAUCCCGGAAACGUGGCAUAUAUUCCUGCUUUUCCAGGCCUUCAAUUUUACAUUCACCGCCUACAAUAUCUUUUUAAUGAAACGCACAGCUUGGAUUCACGACUUAGGGUUUUUUAUCUCGCUGACAGCCUUCUUCGUCAUUACUGUCACUUGCUUGGCACGUUCGAACCCCAAGCAGGUCAGCUCUUUCGUGUGGACAACCUUUUUCAACGAUAGCGGCUGGUCGUCAAAGGGUAUCGUCUUUUUCACUGGCUUGCUCAACCCAAAUUUCAUCUACUCCGGCCUGGAUGGGGCCAUUCACUUGGCCGAAGAAUGCAACCAUGCAGCCUCUAGUAUCCCCAAAGCUCUGAUUUCCACUGUCACAAUUGGAUUUGUGUCAAGUUUCGUGUUCAGCGUCGCGAUGCUGUACAGCUUCCGCGACAUUGAACCUGUUCUCCAGUCUCCCCGACUUACAUGGUCCUUCGCUCGAGACGAUGCGAUAGUGUUCUCGUCAUUUCUGGGCAAUAUUAGCCCGCGAUUCGGCGUGCCUGUCAACGCACUCAUUUUCAACUCAGCUCUCAUUUUCAUUUUGGGCUGCGUAUUUCUUGGGUCUUCGACAGCGUUCAAUGCUUUGGUCGCCACAGGUCUGAUUCUUCAACAAGUCAGUUUCAGUUUCCCAGCGGCUUUGGCUCUCUAUCACAGAUUCAAAGGGGCGGCAGCAUUUGAGAGGGUUCUACCAAGGUGCAAGUUCCGACUGCCACAGCCUGUCGGAGUUGUUGCCAAUGUCUUGACAAUCGCGCUGGGUCUCAUUGCAUUGAUAUUCUACGAUUUCCCCGUGGUAAUGCCCGUUACUGCUUCAAAUAUGAGAGACUACGCAAGUGUCGUCAUCGGAGUGAUGGGACUUUUCGCCAUCGGUAACUGGUUUGGUUAUGCGAAUAGGAGAUACAAAGGACCGAGGCUUGAUUAG